AUGUUCCGUCUAGAUUUUAUCUUCCAGGUAGAUGGGUAUUUGUUAAGCAGUAAAGAUCCUAAGUUAUAGGUUAAUGAUUAUAGGUCAAUGAAUAAUAUGAAAGUUUUGUUGUAUAUAUUAUUGUAAUUAGUUUUAUUAUCUUUUUGUGUUGUGGAAGAUCGUUGAUUAGCCCUACGGCCAAACGUUUCAUCCACAGUAACUGAAGUUACCUCUAUCUAUCUAAAAAACAAAUUUGAAAAAGCGUCUCGAGCAGUUUUGUGUAGAGAGCAAUUCUUACAGAGAACGUCUACGUAAGUUUAUCAAGGGCGGCGGAACAAGGGGAGGGGGCUUUUAAACUGUAAUUAACUGUCAUGGGGAAAAAUCCUUCACGACUCCCGAGAAGGUCCUUUCACGGCUCUUGCCUUCCCCUCCCCUCUCCUGCAGUGAGUUCUCUUUCCGCCCUUCUGUUAGUUUGAUGUAGUUCUCAUUGUAGUUUUCAAGGAUUGAAAUUUUUUUUGAGAACAUUCUCUCCUAUUUUUUUUACCUUGUAUAGAAUAUUUAACAGAUAUUGAAAAAGUGUCGUGCUACUGCUGAAAGUCUUUCGAAGGAAACUCUCGUAAGCGGCCACUGUCCUUUCGACCUAUCUCCACUUUACGUAAAUGGCUAUCUAAAGAUACGAACAACUUUUCCUUCCCAAGGUUGUCUCCUUACGAGAGUUUCAACUUAAGUAGUUUUAUCAGCUUUCCAUUUAUUAUGUAUCGAUGAAAAAUCAUCCUUGAAUUGAUACGUUAUGUUAUUGCGUUAAAAGGAAAAAGGAUUUACUGCAGUUUUCCUACGUAAGGGAAUAAUUUAAGAGCACCUAAUGAGAGCAGUUAAACAGUUGAAUGUAAAUAACUUAUAUUUACUCUAACCCGUAAAUAUUAACAGAACUGAGAAUUUUAUAGUUUUUAAGUUUUUGUUGUUAUAUUUCUUUAGUGCCGAUGGUAAGAAUAAAAUUAUUUUAGGAAGUUGCUAUUUGUCUGGUUGCCAACUUUUUGUGUUAUAUCCCAAAUUGAUUGGCCGAGCGACUUUUGGAGAAAGAGAUCAAAGGGCAUGUUGGGCUAAUUCCUUGUUGGCGUCACAAUUACUAAAACCAUAGAACCACUCACUCGAGUUUGAUUGGUCAAUUUAUGUAGAACACACCACACUAUAGUGUUGCUACACACUUGAUAAAGCAAAAUCAUUUCAUUCAAUUUGAUAAUACUUUGUUCAUCUGUACGUAGUGAGACUGUUGACCUCAUUCCUCUCUGUAGAUUAACUGCUAUAGACGCAUCUUCGACACUCUUGUUAUUUUAGAACACUAGUUAAUAGAUGAGAAAUAGGGACGGACCUCCAGAAACAGUCUAGGAAAGGGAAAAGAUUUGCAAGCGGCAUGGACAUGUUUUUAUGUAUGACCAGGUAUUUGAAAGCUAUUUCUCGUGGCAGAUUUCAUUCGAUAACAAAACAUUAGAUUAGGAGCCAACUCACUGGCUUGGCUACUCGACGUGGAAUAGUUUCGCCCCCUUAAUUUUUCCUUAAAUGACUCUUUUUGGGUACUUCCUGCAGUUCCUAGUCUCCUUCGCAGCCAUUCGUCAGGAUGUCACACAAUACUUUCCCCAAAAGAUGCUUUUCAAGGAGCAUUACGUGACAAUCUAGAAGAAGCUACUCAGCUCGUCUUUUCAAUGUAUGAAAUAUCCACUUGUCCAGCCUUCGAAACUCAAACGCACCCCGACUGUCGCAUAAUCGUAAAAAGAAAUUUAAAGAGACAUGGUUUGAUGCUACUCUGGUUUACAGAUUUAAUGAAUGUAACCGAAGAAGUUACAAUUCAUAGACCCAACGUUUCGACACUCCUGUCCAGUGCCUUCAUCAGGGGUGAUCUAAACGCUGCAACAAGAGGUCCUUUUAUAUGAUCGCUAAUUAGCUGCCUUUUUUCCUGACGAGGUGUAAAUAGGCGUCAGGAAGCAAGCCGCCAUCGUCACGAUUUAAAGGAGCGUGGGCGGAGUUAAUAUGCCAAGCCUCCAAACAAAGGCGGUGGUGGUAACGCCGAUUAGUGGUGAUAAUUUUAGAAUUAUCCCACCCAAUUGUAUGGUUAGUUAGGCAUGUGUGCUCUGAGAAAGCUGGAUUUUCCAUUUUGCAAAAGAAAACCGGUUUUUGAUGCUCUUUCAAACGUGUACCUCUGAUCCUACCAAUAAAACUCAAAGAAAGUUAAACAAAAUGUUGCUUGAUUUAAGAAAAGCUGGUAAGAUGAGUGACUCUGCGUACAAAAUGUUAUACAGUAGUGACAGCUUAUGUAUACGUUUUUAUGGCUUACCUAAAAUUCAUAAACUGGGAAUUCCUUUGAGACCCAUUGUCUCUUUUGUUAAUUCUCCGACUUAUGCAAUUUCUGGUUAUCUUGCGAGAAUUUUGUCGCCUGUUGUUGGGAAUACUGAUUACACUGUCAAAAAUUCCUGCGAAUUUGCGGAUUUCAUAAGAGAUAAAACUCUUAACUCUCGUGAAGAAUUAGUAUCUUUCGACGUUGUUUCGCUCUUCACUAAAAUCCCAGUUGAUCUUGCCGUUAAGGUUGCGGAUGAGAGACUCAGAGAAGAUGCUUCCCUAGGACAAAGAACUUCUUUGCCUGUGGAGGAUAUUGUUCAUCUGCUGUCUUUUUGCCUCAAAACCACGCAAUUUGCAUAUAACGGUACCUACUAUCAACAAGUUUUUGGUACAGCUAUGGGUUCGCCCGUCUCUGCUGUCAUUGCCAACAUGGUAAUGGAAGACGUGGAACAAAGGGACUUAGCCACUUCUCCGGUUAAACCCUUUUUCUGGAAACGAUAUGUCGAAGAUGGUAUUUGGUAAAAUUUCCGCACAGCCCCAUACUACAUUAUGGAUUCAGUUCUUGGAUAGAGAAAACAAUGACAAAAACAAUACAUCGCUAUUGGGAAAACAGAUUUGUUUUACAAUGGUAUGGGGCUGUGCGGAAAUUUUACCUGUUAUUUCUGCGGUAACCGUCGUCGAUCCAAUUCACCCUUGAACGUGAAAAGGAUAGCCCUUUCUUGAUUUAACUGUGUCCAGAGGGGUUUAGGGUAAUUUGGAGACAAGUGUCUACUGUAACCCUAGCCACACCGACAAAUACCUCGCUUUCGAUUCUCACCACUCUAUUUGCCAUAAAAAGUCUGCAGCCAAAACUUUACUCAAGAAGGCUGACUGCCUACCAUCUUCACUCGAUUGGAAGGCUGAGGAUAGGAAAUAUGUUUGUAAUGUCCUAA